UUGUGUGAGUGCGCGCUCGUGCUACGACGGUAAGGCAAUUCAUUGGCUAACGCUAAACCGGCUCGCUAUAUUCUUAUACGCGGCGCAUCUUUACAACUUGAAGUGUAUGCGAGCGCGCCAACGAAACCACCAGCCAAUUUUCGCAACUGAAGACAAACCAAAAUCGACAAUUUGAUCAGUCGCGUUUUAGACAUAAAGUAAGUUAGAAGCAAAAAGUUUGUGUAUAAUACAACUGCUAAAUAGAAAGAAUAAAACUCUAAAAUUAUAUACGGCGAAGGCGUUGGUGACAGUUGGUGGUAUACGAGAAAACUAGAAGACAUAUUAGGGGCGCGGCAGCUGAGUUUAAUAGGACUAGUGCACUCCUCUAAAAACUAAAAAAUUAAAAAUUGCUUUUAGAAAUAUUACGAACAAGUGUAAGCGCUCUCGCUCCACGGUCAAUAAGAAAUUGAAAAACUUAACUGAAAUUGAAGACAGCGUCUUGACAUUGACAACGGUGGCAGAAGCAGUGCAAUUGCAAUGAGUGGAAAUUAUCAGGAAAAAAUACUGAAAUUAAGAAGAAUAGAGUCGAAAGUAGUGAUCUACAGUUUGGGCUGAAGCGCGGCCAGACAGAGACCGUUGAGCCAGAAAAUUUCGAGAUUAAAUGAAACGUGAAGAGUGAAAAACCAAGAGCAAUAAACGCUACGCAGACAAAUUUUUUAUAAAAGACGCGCAAAUUGAGGAGGCGCGUAGCAACAGCACAGCGAACACGUGAUACGCCACACAGUAGGGGAUCGAAUACGAAACCGUGUCUGUAAUAUCCGGAACAAAAACAAAGUAAGAAACUAAGUCGAGCACAGACAUACUAAGCAACAUGCGAACGCUAAUACCAAGGCCCGGUCGAUGGUCAACAAGACGAGCAAAGCAGCCGGAACCAAUUGAGUACAAAAACGAUGGGGGACAACACAAAAAGUUACGUUUGCUGAUAAGCGUUACACUUCACGUGCUAAUAAUCAGCGCGCUGACGCAAACCGCCAGAACAGCAGCCUCGCAUCCUUUUGCCACAGAUAGAGCACACUUUAUCGCUAACCCCAAUGCACAACAACUUUGGUCGCACGUGAAUCGAACGUGCUUAGGGCAUACUUGCAAUCAAACGAUCAAUGAAGAACAUCUUGAGCAGCUUACGCGUCAUAUUGAUUGGUCAGUGAACGCUUGUGAAGAUUUCCACAAACAUGCAUGUGGCAAAUGGCAGACGCCAAGAGGUCAACCAAAUGCUGUGAACAUGAUGCUGGUUGCCGAUGAUGCGCUGACUACGCGUUUUGUUGAGUUAUUCGAAAGUGCGUUGACUAAAAGACAUGCACUGUGGCGCAGUGAGGUAGCGGUAGCGGCGGCUGUAAAUAGAGCAACACAACGUCAAAAAAUGCGUCGCGCAAGAGCACAUGGGGAGCGCGCUGCGGUGAAACAUAUUUCGAAGCGCACCCAAACAACGCCACUAAAUGUAGAAUUGCCCGUCGAUGCGUACGAAGCGCUGACAACGGAAGGCGAAGAUUAUGAUCUAGUGCUCUCGAAAUUGCUACAGUACUAUCGCGUAUGUAAGCACUCACAACCAACGCUAACCCUACGCGGUUACUACGACGAAUUACACGCAGCGGGUGUUUUGAGACAGUCACAACGCCAUUGGCAGAAAAUGUUCGCAAAUUUGGCAAGGUAUGGCUAUGGUGAGCACUUCAUUUUUAUGCGUGUGCGCCAAGUCAAUGCGUCACUACACGAAAUUGCCAUAUUAAAUCACUACAAACAAAAGCGGCUUAAUUUGACAGCAGAGAUUUACGAGGUGCUACGCGCACAUACACACAAAACCCGCGAUGAGUUGGCAACAGAGUUUCGCGCACUCGAAACGGAAGUGGAAACAGUGGUGAAUAAUAUGUGUAAUAAUUUGACUACAGCAGCAUCAGCAUCGGAAGAGUUGCAGCACCAAACGCCUAACGAUCAGCCAGUACCGCCAAGUAGCACUGAGGAAGAUUGCGAUCUCAUGGAGACCAUAACAUUUGCUGAGCUGUCACGCCGUUGCGUUGAAGUAGACUGGCAGCGUUUCAUAGGCAUGCCGCUCGGACGAUACAUACAGGCUGACGAUUUGGUAAGCGUUGAUUCAACCGAGACUGUUUGCCAGUUGGCGCGCUUCCACAACCAACCCAAGCACGCACAUAUCAAUUUUCUCUACACACUGGCGCGCUUUCUCAGCUAUCUGCGCCAAUUACCACACAAUCCUGUGGGCGUGAAUGGUAGCAGUGGCGCCAUCUGCCUUCGUCAUAUGCGUAAAACACUCUCCGUUGCUAUGACCUACGUAUAUGAUCGUGUCUAUUACUCACCUGUGCGAAGUGAGAGUGAUCGUGUUAUAAACGAGAUAUUCGCGCAGUUGAAAGCAGAGUUUUCGCGCACAUUGACGUUGAAUCGUAUGCAGUUCGAUGCCGAUAUAUUGACGUAUUUGCAUCAGAAACUCACUUCGAUGCGAAUUAACUUGGGAAAUUUACCACCCACAGUCAACUCAUCUUUCUAUGUGGAUCUCAUAUGGAAGCUAAAUAUGAGCAAUAACAACUUCUACCGAAAUCACUUGCACGCUUUGGCGCACACAAAUGGGCACAUGAAUCGUUUGGUAGCGAGCGCUACCAAAAAGCACACGCGCAGUCCCUGGUAUACCUUUAAUUAUCACGAGCCCUUUUUACCCGAAAGCUUGGAUUUAACGCCCAGCUAUUAUUGCCUUAGCAACAUGAUUAUCGUGCCGCAUACCUACCUACAGACGCCAUUCUAUGACCGUCAGUUUUGGUCAACGCUACUUUAUGGAGAUCUAGCGAACACGUUGGGCCAUGAGCUCAUUCAUAGUUUCGAUAACAACUUUCUCGAAUAUGACCACGCUGGCAAUAUGAACGAGUUAAUGAUGCAACGCAUCUUGGCGAAUGUGAACUUUGCGCGCAACAUUCAAUGUCUUAAUCAGAGCACAAAGUUCCUCUCUGAACGUGUAGCUGAUGUGAGCGGCACGCGCUUGGCACUUAAUGCAUUCCUUCGCGAUCCAGCAUACUUGCGGGACAAUGGCCGAUUAUUUUUCCUACAAUUUGCGCAAUUCUUUUGCAAUAAUGUUGAUGAAGAGAUGCAUCAGCUGCUAGAUCCUACGCAUGACUCAGACGCUUUGCGGCUAAACUAUACGCUGUCGCAGAUGCCGGAAUUCCUCGAGGCCUUCAAUUGUCCGGCGAGCAGUUCCAUGAGUGCGGCAUAUCGCUGCGAGUUAUGGUAGUAAAAGUGGGGUGAGUGGUUACGUUGGGGGUAAAAUAUGUAAAACAUUAGGUAAGCAUAACCAAAGUAAUUACUUAAUAGAAUGUACUUAAUUUAAUAUAUUUAUUAAACAAUAA